AGGUCUCAACCCAAGAGGAACACACCACACAGCCAACAACGUCCGCAGCAAAAAGCCCAAGCUCCAGGCCCAGGAAGGUUCCACGACAGUCAGCGAGGUUUUCUCCCUCAGCUCGCACUGAGCAGACCUCUCACUCAUCCACCUACGAGGCUGCUCCAGAGAAGCGAUCGGUCAGGUGCGCGUACUUCACCCAGGUGCGCACAGUCAAGGGGGUCGCCGUGGCCUGGCGGACCAAAACCUCCUUUGUCCCCGUGGGCAAGAUGCCCCAGGUCUUUGAGGCCGAGCUCUCAGAGGAGAGCACCAUCGGCUCUGUCCCCAGUCUGGCCAACACCGAGUCCCUGGUCAGUGCCCUGGAGCCCUGGCAGGAGAGGCCGAAGGCCCGGAUGACAGAGGCCAGGGUCCAUGGGGAGGAGCACAGGGAGCGGUCCCGGGCCGCCACCCCAGAUUGGCUGGUGACCUGUAAGCGCGGCUUCCGCUGCGGCCGCGUGUUCCAGUCCCGGGAGGCCCUGGUGGCGCACGCUGAGCAUGGCGUGAGGCAGGGCUUCAGCUGCCGGGUCUUCUAUGACGAGCUGCUGGAGAGGCGGCUGCCGCCCUCAGCCCAGCGCAGGCCCCGACGCUGCCACCAGAUGGCCAGGCGCUGCCUGAUGGCCGCCAAGAAGAGGGAAGUGAGGGAGAAGAAAGCAGUCUGCAGGAGCCUGGAGGAGCAGCUAGAGAAGCAGAGAGAGGAGCUCAAGAGGCUGUGGCACCAGCUGGAGACGCUGCAGAGGAGGGAGGCCUGGCUGCAAAGGGCGCAGGCGCAGCACCAAGGCCAGAGUGGGAAGCGCCGAAGACCCGCUAGCACCCUGGGACUGGGAGGAGCAGGGCCUUUGGGCUGGAAAUUAGGCCCUUCGGGAGAGACCUCCUUUCAGUCUCCUUUAACCCAGCUCCCCUGGAAGAUCCUUUGUACCAGCCCAUGUGCCCCGCACCCACCCACCCCAAGUGCAUGGAGAGCUCCAAUCAUCGGGAGACCUGGAUGGAAGAAGCCCCAGGACAGCUGA